GAUGGCGUCGGGGGGCCGAGGCGGGCCGCCCCGGGGCUUGGUACAGAGAGUGGCGCCAGGCUUCUUUGCGUGACAGCGUGACAGGGAAAGAACUCGCCUCCAGUGCACAGUUCCUCUGCCCUCUAGAAUUCCAACAUCUCAGAGUGGUCAAGCGUGGACGCCGAACAAGAGGCCGGUGAGAGAAGGAGCAGGAGCCUGGCGCUGAGGCUGGUAUGAGAGAAGAAGGUUGUCAAGCCAUCUGGGUGUGAGCAAACACCCACCAGUGGAUCCCCUUUUCCUGUGAAACAGCUCUUUGCUUUGAAUCAUCACAAUUCCCAAGAGGUGUGGAGUGGACGCCAUGUGGUGCGUGACGCUGUUCUUAUCGCUACUGCUAAUCAUCAAUGAUGUCAGCUCCCAGUGGAACGUUUGGGUGCCGCGGGACAUCUCGGCUAUGACCAACACCUGCGUGGUCAUCCAGUGCACCUUCAUGUACCCGUCGGGCGUCAGGCCGUACCGCGGCGUCCACGGCAUCUGGUACUACGGCCAGCCCUACCCGCAGCUCUUCCCGCCGGUGGUGUUCAAGACCCGCACGGACGUGGUGCACGAGAGCUACAAGGGUCGCACCAGGAUGCUGGGUGACCUUCAGCAGAAGAAUUGCACGCUGCUCAUCAACAAUGUCGCACCGGAGCACUCUGGGAGAUACUACUUUCGCGCUGAUCUCGGCGGGGCCAACGUGUACACCUUCCCGGAUUUUGCCGAUCUUAAAGUUCUGGAUCAACCCAACAUCGACGUUCCCGAUGAGAUCGUGAGCGACGAGACCCUGACGCUGACUUGCUACGCCCCCGACAACUGCCCCGACAUGAACCCCGAGAUCCAGUGGAUGUACACGGAUUACCUGCCCGACCCCGAAUUCAGCUCCGACUACACUGAGGAGGGCAACACCGCCGUGCAAUCCAGCACAUUGGUGUUCACCCCCAGGCCGGUGCACAAUGGCCAGCUGCUGGGCUGCAGGGUGUACUACCCCAACACCACGCUGGUCUAUGAAAGGCUGGUCUCUCUGGACAUCAAAUACGCUCCGCGUUCAGUGUGGGUGAACGUCUCCUCGGAGGUGAUGGAAGGCAGCUCGGUGAGCCUACACUGUGAAGUGGACAGUAACCCGCCUGCCAGGAUUUCCUGGAAGUUUGGAGACCAGGAACUGCUGUGGGACACUGCGUCCAACCUGUCGCUCACAUUAGAUGACGUGACGCCGGCAGAGGAGGGCGUCUACACCUGCAUUGGCGACAACGGCUACGGCGCCAUGAAUACGUCACUCUACUUAGCCGUCAAGUACCCUCCCCGCGAACCUAUCGUCAACGACUCCUUGACUGUGCAGGAGGGCUCCUCGCUGAUGCUGCACUGCAGCACUCAGGGAAGCCCGCCGCCUACCCUCACCUGGCUAAAGGACGGCGAACUGGUGGGCACCAUCACCGCUGAUGAGUUGUCCGUGCUGGAGCUUGAGGACAUCACACCGCAGGGUGACGGCCAAUACCGCUGCCUGGCUGAGAACGAGCACGGCCGUGCCAGCAGCUCCCUGAACAUCACUGUGGAGUAUGCUCCAAUCCUUCUGGACGAGUCCAAAUGCACAGUAGUGCGGGAGGGCGUGCAAUGCGUCUGCAUGGCUUCGGGGAACCCCGAGCCCACCAUCGAGUUUUACCUGCCCGACUUGAACAUCACCAUCAACGAGACGGAGGGCCGCUACAACUUCUACACGCACACGGACGGCCAGACGUCCACGGGCAUGAUCAAACUGCGAGAGAAGGGCGAGCGGGCCAGCAACGGCGGCCCCGCCGUCAACGUCCACUGCAGCAUCUCCAACAUGUACGGCAGAGAAAGCGUUCUCCUGGAGCUACAGCAAGAGAAGAAGUACCUCAUGGCCGUUAUUGUGGGCACAAUCGGCGGCGUGGCGGUCAUCGCCUUCAUCAUCGCGGCAGUGAGAUACGUGGGCCAAAACAAUAAGAAAGAGAAUGGCCUCCCUAGGCAGGACGUGGUCCUGGAGAACCCCGCUUUGUACUACAGCGCAGUCAAGAAGGACAAACAAAAUCUGAGGAAGAAAGUGCUUAAGACAGAGCUGUUGGGCUCAAAGUUUAACUCCAUUCUAGAGGAGAGCACGGGAGAAGACGGGGAUUUCCAACCUGCAAGCUCUUUGGCAAGCUUUGAGAGGCGAGAGCUAAACUACGCCGCUCUGGAGCUGGGUGGGUCCAGGGAUGGAGCGCCGGGGAGGGGGGACGACAGCAGCAGCAGUUACGCAGAAAUCAAAGCCAAAUGAAUCGCGAUCCUUCCCUGAUGCCUCGGCCACGCGAGACGCAGUUGCAGUUUUCCCCCUUGAAAUAGUCUGAUUUUUUGACGUGUAAUAUUAUAAAGCUUUUUUUUUUUAGACAGCGUAAAUAACAUGAAAAAUGUUUUUAUGCAGAAGAAAUUGUUGAGAAAUUUUAGUAAAUAAUGAUGAAAUAAGAAUUUUUAAAGUCACAAUCUUGUGUUGUCACACUCCGUAAAAAAAAAAAAAAAAAAAGAUCCCAUAGCGUUCCACACCUGGUCUCUACCGUUUUGUUUGCGUCAUUGUCACUGCGUCUGCUGCCAGUCAAAGCAUGAGGGAAAGGGCAAACUGUCUUUUAUUUUAUUUUGUGACAUGUUUAAUGUCAUUCGAGGGUUUCCUCCCACGCAAGAUCAAAAGGGUCAUAAAUUAAAUGACAAUUUUUUCAAGGAAAAGAAGCUAAACUGCUAUGACCUUUUCAGGCCUCUGUAUUUCAUUUCUUUUGCCUGAUAGGGUAAAGACGGAACCUUGCGUCAGUAUUUUUUAUUGUAUUUAACGUGUACAGUAAACAAAAUGGUUGCCGUCUCCUUUAAGAGUCUUUAAAAACGUCCCGAAAUGUAAUCAAGUCAGUAUUUGAGUGUAAAUUGUUCUUUUUGUAUUCCACCGCAUUGUCUGGAACGCUGGGUUCUCUGACUGAUGGGAAAAACGCAAGACUUUUAGAGUGUUCUCUCGUUUUGACAAUGUGUGCGCCUGUUUGUGUAAAUGUGUUCAAAGUGCUGAAAGACGAUGGCUUUUUGGGCGUUGUGUGGAUGUUCUCAUAAUGUUGCAUCCGAAGUUUAUGUUGUCAGAGAUAGUUGAAAUAAUAACACACUAUAGCAAUGCUAAACUAAGAGCCUAAUUUGAUAACCAUGGUGUCGAUAACAUAUUAAUGAGUGGGAUGCCAGUACAAACAAUACAAAGUUUCCAAAAUUGCGCCAAACAUUACAGUUAUUGACCAUAUACUACAUGUUGUGUAAUUAUGGCCUGUCAAAUAUUAAAGGGAUACCCCAGUUGUCAA